UACUACUUCGCCGGCUUCGCUGGCCCAUGUCCAUGUGCCACACCUCGAGCGCGACAUCCACUCUGACUUCCACUCUCCUCCCCCUCACCCCCAUCUUUCUUGCUCUCGCCGCGACGACGCGCACCCGCACCGGAUUCGGGCGACGCCGGCGGCAGGCUCCGAUCUAGAGACGAUGUCAGCCGCGGGCUCCUCGCCGUCCGCCUCCUCGUCCACCAAGCGGUUGGAAGGGAAGUCCGCCCUCGUCACCGGUGGUGCCACCGGUAUUGGUGAAGCCAUCGUUCGCCUCUUCAGAGAGCAUGGCGCGAAGGUCGGCAUCGCGGACAUCCAGGACGAAGCCGGCCAGCGGCUGCGCGACGCCCUCGGAGACCAGGACGUCAUGUUCGUCCACUGCGACGUCACGGUCGAGGAGGACGUGAGGGCCGCCGUCGACGCGGCGGCCGCGCGGUUCGGCGCGCUGGACAUCAUGGUGAACAACGCCGGCAUCACGGGCAACAAGGUCACCGACAUCCGCAACGUGGACUUCGCCGAGGUGCGCAAGGUGUUCGACAUCAACGUGCACGGCGUGUUCCUCGGGAUGAAGCACGCGGCGCGCAUCAUGAUCCCCCAGAAGCGCGGCUCCAUCGUGUCGCUGGCGAGCGUGGCCAGCGUCAUCGGCGGGAUGGGCCCGCACGCGUACACCGGCUCCAAGCACGCCGUGGUCGGGCUCACCAAGAGCGUCGCCGGGGAGCUCGGGCGCCACGGGGUGCGCGUCAACUGCGUGUCGCCCUACGCCGUGCCCACGGCGCUGUCCAUGCCGCACCUGCCCCAGGGCGCGCGCGCCGACGACUCCCUCAAGGACUUCCUGGCCUUCGUCGGCGGCGAGGCCAACCUCAAGGGUGUCGACGUGAUGCCCAGGGAUGUGGCCGAGGCGGUGCUCUACCUGGCAAGCGACGAGGCGAGGUACGUCAGCGCGCUCAACCUCAUGGUGGACGGCGGCUUCACAGCCGUGAACCAUAACCUGAAAGCGUUCGAGGAUUAGCUCAAGCUGUUGGCAGCUUUUGCCAGCUCUGGUAGUGUUGUCCCUGCUGUUCUGCUGCAAUUCAGAGAUGUGGCAUGUGCUAAUAUAUGUAGCAGAUUCGACUGUGCUGUAUUCAUGUGUCUGCAAGACUAAUGUGCCAGUAUAUGAAUGUCUCGCAACUGAUUGGAUAUUCAUUGGGAGUGUGCGGAAAGAAUGUAUUUCCAGCAGUACUUAAACAGGCAGAGUGAUCAGAGAAACUUUCUUCAUGCA